GGAUGACUGGAUAAUAGCCCCCCUAGAGUAUGAAGCAUAUCACUGUGAAGGGCUUUGUGAAUUCCCCCUUCGAUCCCACUUGGAGCCCACCAACCACGCAGUUAUCCAAACUUUAAUGAACUCAAUGGACCCAGAAUCGACACCCCCGACUUGCUGUGUCCCAACCAGGCUGAGUCCUAUCAGCAUUCUUUUCAUUGACUCUGCAAACAACGUGGUCUACAAGCAGUAUGAGGACAUGGUGGUGGAGUCCUGUGGUUGUAGGUAGCAGAACAGUUGCUCGUGUGAAUAUGUUAUGAAAGGCAAUAUGACUUAUUGAACAUAACCUCUUCUGAAACAAGGUUAAUUAGAUUCCUUACCUCUAGGGAAAGUGUGUUUACAAGGAUGUAGCAAUAAACCCAGUGCUUCUACGUGUCUCUCCACCGUGAGCAUAGUUCAGUAGCAUUUGGAUGCUGUCAUGCAGCCUGACAUAAGGCCUUGUGUUGGCAACGCGAGACUGGCUCUGACUGAAGUCCGUGAUAGAGAAGUUUAUACCUCCACACCUCUAGAUCACCUGCUUUUUACUCUCGUGGCAGUGGGUUAAAGAUGGUAUCAGUGAGCUGUGAAUAUGAGCUGUUUGAUCCUUUGAACAAUGUUCUUGAGACUGAAUUUAUGUCCAAGUCCCAUGUGCUCUGUCCAUUAAGAAAUGUAAGAAGAGAGCUCUGAUGUCUGGAAGAGAAGGUUCUGUUCUGGUGUAAAUAGUUACACUGUAAUAUGAUUUCUUUCUGAUUAGCUCUUGAAACUAUGCAUAUGUUAAAAAAAAAAGGAGUCAUUAAAUAUAAUAUGUUGAUUUAGUUUUAAGUUUUACAUGGAGAUAGAUCAUGCAGGAGAUAUUUGCUUCCAUGUAUGUUUUCCUCCGAUCUACACAUCUUUCUUAAGUAUCCACGUUUCCAUUAUUAUGUAGCAAGAUAUAUUACUCUGUAUAAGGUCCAAGCUGUUCUCAAAUGCUCCUAGUAAAAGUGUUCAAU